CACUCCCUGUGCAGUGCAGCCUGUGAAAUCAAAGUUACAAAACAACAAGAAACAACAGUGUUGUAGCAGAAUCAGAGCAAAGUAUCAAAACUUUCUUAACAUAUCUUCACAGAUUUACUCUAUAAGAGUAUAAAACAGAAACCCCAGUGAGCCCCAAAUCAAAACUAGGGUUCCAAGUUGAAAGCAAGGAUGAAAGCCUCUCUGAAGUUCCGCGAUGAACAGCAGAAGCCCUUGUUUAGGGCGAAGGUGCCGCUGAGCGUUCUGGGAAUGCCCUUCCAAUCCGGCAUCGUCGCUGGUGAAACCAAAGAACUAACUCUCAACCUUUCUACCUUUUUCGAAUCAGGUCCUUCGCUUAAAGUGGCGUAUCGACCUAACGAUUCCAAGAACCCUUUCUCGCUCAUAGUGAAAACGGGAACCGGACCCUUCGGUUCCCCUCUCAAGAGCUCCAUGCUCAUGAGCUGCGAGUUCAGCCUUCCCUCCCGAACCGGUUCCCCGCUCUUCAUGCUCCACUUCAAACCCCGCUUCGGGGACUUCACAUUCAAGAAGACCCAGACCUCCCUCUUCGACGGAAAACCCUUUUCCAACGCGCAAAACGACGUCGUCGUCGUCAACGAGGCCGUUCAAGUCGAAACGCCGUCGUUCGCCGGCGCCAAGAUUCCUGUUCUGGAUACGAACUCCCGCGCCGCGGGCGCCGUGGCGGGGAUGUUCUCCGGCGUUGAGGUGUCCGCCCGGACAACGCUCCCCGUGCGGGGUCGCGCCGCCGUGAAGUUCCGCUGGGGGGUUAGAGUUCCGGCGGAGUUCAAGGGCGACGGCGCGUUCCAGCGGAUUCCGUUUCUCGUGAUGGACAAGAUCGGCGUGGAGCACAUGAUGGAUUGCGGCGAGGCGAAGAAGGGCAGGGCGAACGCGGCCACUGGGGCUCCUGCGAGUGCUGACGUGGCGGAGGCGUGCUUCGCGGUGAAACGGCAGAUGGAGGUCCUCCAGUCGGAGAACGGAUUGCUGAGGAACGCCGUGGAGGAUCUCCGGCGAGAAAUUGUUGGCGUCCGAAGCGGAGGUUCGGAGUUUAGUAAGUGGAAAAACCCUAAAAAGAACGACAAGAAAACACCGUCGGAUUAUGGUGGUUUUUCGGGGAAAUCGACGGAGGUUGAAGCGAGUGAGGAAUUGAAGAAGGCGUUGAUGGGAGGUGCUUCUUCUGGGGCUUGAAUUUGAAUCCGUUGGAUGAAGAUAUUGUUCUUUUAUGGUGUAUUGUCUAUAACUUUUUUGGGAUGGGAAGAAUUCUGUUUUUCUCUUUCAAAAUUUAUAAAUUCAGUUUUGAAGCUGCGAAUUUUUCUUCUUUACUGUUAUGCAUGUUAUGGUGUAUAGGUUGGUUCGUCAAGGCUUGUUCUUGUGUUCAAUUUUGAAGCUAUGAAUGAAGGACCAUGAAGUUAAGCAGAGUCAGAUUA